AUGAAGACGUCAACUACCACGGAUGUCCCUCUGGAGGACUCCGACUCUGAAUCAUUUCACUCGGCCAUCUCGAGAGUGCCAAAACGAAGCUCCGAACGUCGGAUCAGCCAGAAGCAACCGAAAACCAGCCGAUAUGUGAUAGAGUAUCAAGCUGGGCUGAAUGAGACACAGCCGAGACCGAGCUCCCAAAGUAGUGGCGACACCGGAAAACUUAAGUCUCGACCGUCCUCGAGACGAUCCCGGAAGGGCUCCAUCACAAUACCCAAGCGGAGAAGUAGUUUGGCGAGGAGGCCUUCCCGGAAAGAUCCCGUAACGUUGCACCGGCAGAGCUGCGAGCUUUUCUCUUCCCUCGACGAGAUGCUAGCGUUGAGUCGAGACAUUACUCCUCUGCCCAGUGUGUCGAGUUCACGCACGACAACAGGACAUGCGUCCACCAUCGGGGAAGAAAUCCCUCGUCCAGACGCCGUACAGCGAAUGUAUGUGCGAAUAGAUGCAAACUUGGCAGACUCUCGGCCUCGAAGUCAAUCCCAAAAUCAUUUUUCCGCACCUCGGAGCUCCUGCUCGCACUCGCUUCCCACGGAUCCGGUCCUCAGAAACAGCCUGGAAGCAAUUUCAUACACUGGCUCGACUCCUCGCGACAGCACCAGCAGUAGACCAAACGGGAACAGGCCUGCACCUCGGCCGGUAUAUAACACGGUGAUAUCGUGGACCUCUGACGCAACGCGACGCCGGGAGUACGCGAAGAUCGAUGCUGCUCACAGUGGAGUGCGUGGCUUGCUGCGGCGCGUGCUACCUCGGUGUCUACACUCUGAGACUGCCAGGAGAGGAUUCUUCACGGGCACUUGUGACGGUGAUAGUGUGAGGCGGUUCCGAAUGGACGUCCCGGACGAAUUGGAUGAUGAUGUGAGUGAGAAGUUCCCAUUUGACGAGGCAGAGAAGGUCGGUGAUGGCGAUGUGGUGGAGGGAAUCGAGCAAAGGCGAGAGCGGGAACAGAAAGAGAAGCGAACAAAGUCAAGAUGGCGGAUGUGUUUUUCAAUGAUCGUGAUCUCCAACAGUGAAUUGAGCAAGCGAGCGUUUUGA